AUGGAUGACCUUCCCCAACGCGUACGAGCUAACGAGAAGGCCAAUGCGGUGAAGCGCCAGGAGAUCAACGAUAUCUUUGCCAAGUCAAGGUCGGACCCCGAUACCCCGACGUUGAAGUUAUUGGCGACUCAGAUAGCCCGUCUCCAAAGUCUUAAUCUUCAAGUGAAAUGCUCGAGACUCGACCGAGCCAAGUCCGAUACAAUUGAAGCUAUCAACAAGCUUCAUGAGCAAUUGGCGGCAGUGGAGCAGCAACUAGAUGCUACGCAAAAGGCUAUUGACAAGCUUGGCGGGGACAGCGCGGAGGAGACCACCCCAGAAAUUAGGUCGAUUGAGAGCUAUACUCGCACGGUGACAAACACCGUCAACCGCAUUCAGACCUCGUGGUUCGACAUUGUGGUGCUUGCGUUAUUUGAUCGACGAGACCAGCUACUAUUUUGCCAUCGGCCUAUCAUCAACAUUGACGAUAUCGCCACUGCGCCUAUUCUUGAUCUUAAUGAAUUUCUUGAGAAUUUGAUCCGGUUCCAAAUGGUGUUAUCAGAAUUAUUCGAUGUUGAUCUACCGUUCAUCGAUGAGCUCCAGACCCAGAUGUUGCCUAACCUGCGGUUUUACGAUCUUAUCCGAGAGAAAGAAACGCAAAUGAGAGGCGAUAGUACUGAGACGGAUGAGAAAGAGCCAGAGGACUCCCCCACGCCCAUGAGUUUGAUUUACCCUAACCGUCGCGUGUCAAUGCCCACGACCAGUCUACAAACGGUGACGGGGACAUCGAUCGAGACUCCCCCUGCUGCUCCUCAUCGACCCGACAUUUUGCUCCCACUUUCCAGCAAAACCAUAAACAGUCAGCGUCGAGCCACCAUCACUAAAGUACGACGGCUGGUGCUGACCCUGCCACCACCGGCAAUCACGCAAACGACGCUGGGAACCACGCGGCGAGUGAUCAUCCCGCAUCGGAUCCUCCUGGUACCAUUGAAUAAGAUUGGGGUGCGGGAGUUCACCAAGUUUAUGGCGACGAUAAUUAAAAUCCUCGUCAAUUUCCACGUCUACUUUGCCAGUCAGGGACUCAAAUACACUCUGCUCACCAACUUGCGGGACUUGUUGGCACGGGUGGUGCGGCGGGAGCCGCUGGACGAGCCGCGGCUGCUAGAAGUGACGAAGUUGCUCCAGGAGGUGUACCUGCUGGUAGUGACACGCCAUCUGGCUCCGCAGCUUCUUGAUUUGAACAUUGUGGAGAUGAUGGUGGAGAAGGACGACUGGGAAAGCGUCACUCGCUCCAAGUAUCUACGGUAG